AUGAAGUUCCUGCUCGCAGCCAUCACUUUCCUCCUCCCUCUAUCCUUCGCACUACCUACAUCACAAGAGGGAGGCUACGGCUGUCCCACAGUAUGCACGAUGGAGUAUAACCCCGUGUGUGGCGUCGACGCAGAAGGGAACACGAAGAAGUUCUCCAACAGCUGCACUUUCAACGUCCAGAACUGUCAGAACCCGGAGCAAAUCUACACGCAGGUUGAGCUUUCCCGGUGCAAUUAA